GAGGAAAAUUCCACACGGGUCGGUGGAAAAUCACUGGAAAAUUACGAUAAAUCCCGGGAAAUUCCCAUUCCGACUGCGGCGACCGUGGGCUCAGCUCGCGGGACGAGGCGGGAUUUUGACGGCAGAGAGCGGCACGGCGAGGACUCCGCGGCACGGGCGGCAUCAUGACGGGGGACACACCGAUGGCAGGCAACGAGCAACCGACGGAGCUCAAGCAGCUAGAUCCGGACGGUAACUACAAGUUCGAGAACGGUUCGGUGGCGGUGGAAGAUGACGGAGAUGAGAACAAGGAACGCGGGAACUGGUCCAACAAGCUGGACUUCAUCCUGUCGUGUGUCGGGUACGCCGUCGGGCUGGGCAACGUCUGGAGGUUCCCCUACCUCGCUUACCAAAAUGGAGGAGGUGCGUUCCUGGUACCCUACACCAUCAUGCUGGCGUGUGCCGGACUCCCCAUCUUCUUCCUGGAGCUGGCGUACGGACAGUUCUCCAGCCAGGGCCCUGUAGGCGUGUGGAAGGCCAUCCCACUAUUGCAAGGGGUUGGAGUGUGCAUGGUAUGUGUAUCCUUCCUGGUGGGGAUCUACUACAACGUGAUCAUCGCCUACGCUCUGUUCUACCUGUUUGCUUCCUUCACCAGCUACCUCCCCUGGUCCGACUGCAACAACCCCUGGAACACACCAGAGUGCGCCACAAAAGAUGCGUGUCAGCAGACGGUGAACGCCACGUUCCAGAACAUCACGUUAGGCGGGGAGAUGUAUUCCAUGUUCGGUCUGUACGAUGAGAACGGCACGUGGGUCAACGGGACGUACUGCGGGGACAAGGGGCGAACCAGCCCCAGCGAAGACUACUGGAAUCACUAUGCCCUGGAGAUCACGCCGGGUAUCCAUGAGCCAGGCGGUAUAAAGUGGCAGCUGGCCCUGAGUCUGGUGCUGGCCUGGGUCAUUGUGUUCCUCAGCCUGUGCAAGGGAGUCAAGUCCUCAGGAAAGGUUGUUUACUUCACGGCGACCUUCCCCUACUUCGUGCUGGUGAUCCUGCUGAUCGUCGGGGUGCUCCAAGACGGCCACCUGGAUGGAGUGCUCUUCUUCAUCACACCCAAGUGGGAGAGACUCAAGGAGGCCAAGGUAUGGAAGGAUGCUGCCACCCAGAUCUUCUACUCCCUGUCUGCCGCCUGGGGAGGGCUCAUCACCAUGGCUUCCUACAACAGAUUCCAGAACAACUGCUACAAAGACACCCUGAUCGUGUCCCUGAUGAACUGCUCCACCAGCAUCUUCGCUGGCUUCGUCAUCUUCUCCAUCCUCGGCUUCAUGGCCAAGCAGAUCGGAGUGGAUGUGGAUGAUGUGGCAGCCUCUGGGCCUGGGCUUGCGUUUAUUGCAUAUCCCGAGGCCCUUACGAAGCUGCCCGUGCCCCCCAUUUGGGCCAUCCUGUUCUUCCUCAUGCUGCUGACCCUCGGCCUCGACACGCAGUUUGCCAUCAUCGAGACAGUCGUGACGACGAUUUGCGACACGUUUAAGAUCGGCCACGCAGGGAUAAAGAAGACUCUGAGCACCCUGGGAUUCUGCUUAGUCAUGUUUCUGCUGGGACUCCUCUGUGUCACGAGGAGUGGACUGUACUGGGUGAACUUGAUCGACAACUUUGCUGCCUCCUACUCGCUCAUGGUCAUUGCCAUCACUGAGAUGCUGGGAAUCUCAUGGGUCUAUGGCAUUAACAACUUCUGCAGAGACAUAGAGAUGAUGGUUGGGUUCAAGCCUGGCUGGUACUGGAAGGCCACCUGGGCAGUCAUCUCACCUGGACUGCUGAUCUUCAUCUUCAUCUUCAGCCUGGUGGAGUACAAGCCCCCCACGCUGAACGAGACGUACAUCUACCCGGGCUGGUCGCAGGCCAUCGCCUGGCUCAUGGUGCUGUCUGGCACCAUCUGGAUCCCUGUCAUCGCCAUCUACAGGGUCGUAACGUCGCCGGGAGACACCUUCAUGGAGCGUUUACGAUUCGCCUGCAAGCCUGCGCCGGACUGGGGCCCGUACCUGAACCAGCACCGCGCGCUCGACCCGGAGCGGUACAAGCCGAAACCCGACCCCUCCAAGCAGAUCGUCAACGAUCCGUACGCAGACAUCGGCACCAAGAUUUAACGUUUAACCUCCGACCCCGCACUCAGGGAAACCUGUUCUACGUAGCUAUGGUAACCGUAACCGCGGGCGACACUAACCCGCACACCACACACUCCUCAGUAGUAGACGUAAUACACGCCGGUGAGAGACCCUGUAGCCCCGGUAGGGGGUGGAGUUCUAUUGGUCGUCAACGUAAUUUCUGACGAGAUAUUAUGAACAUUGGGGUGGGACCCUUAGCUCCGGUAAGUGUUGAUAGUUUGUGCACGGAUUAUUGUAAGAGAAAUGCUAGAGGUGGUGGGAGAAAGUAAACACCAGUUUCGGCCGCGAUGUGUUUGUUAGGAAAGUACGUUGUGCCCUUCUCAUUGAAAGGGACCGUUAAGACAAAAACGUAAUGAUGCCAGCAAAGCUGUCGAUCUCUUGAAGACUCAAAGAAAGGGUGAAAUCGUAACCAAGGGGAACAAAGAAUUGUGAGGAAAGUUUCGUUAAGCGGACUAACAGAAGCCAUAUAUGGUAUACUGAAACAUUAUUGUGACCUCCUGUACAUAAUGACUGUAGAUCGUGCUUUCGACGUCUGACUGUACCGUAAUAUUCGCUGCCAAAAAAUCGAGAUGAUAUCAGCCUAACCCUCGCAAGCGCUGUGUGCUGUACAUUGCAGAUCAUGUGCCAUGGUGGUGUGUGAAUGAUGCCAAAUGUAUGCCAUAUUCCCUGUAGAUAGAAACGCUUGCGGAAAUAAUGUGCCAAGUCGAGUUUUGUCCCUUGUUUUUGCAGUUAUAUAAAUUUAGGUGGUGGCAUGCUUGCUUGCUUGUAAAAAAAGGUACUUGCAUGCUUAACUUGUCGUGGAGGCUUUCCGUUUUAGUGCUAUUCAUGAGCAAACUCUGAUUAUUAUUAACUUAUUACGUUUUACCCUUGCGGCUCUUAAAUACUACCCUGCAGAUAUUAGAGCUGUGUAUGUAUAUAAAUAAAUGUUGGUGUGAAUUUUGUGGAAAAUAAUGAUUAGGAAUGGCCCCUGUUGUUUUAUUUCUUUGUGGAAAUGUUGGAUUUUUACAUAGAGUAAGGAGAGAACAAGUUCUACAUGUCUGUUUUAACUAUGCUUAAAAGUAUAAUCUUAUGUAUAGACACAACUCUAUUAACUAUGACGGUACUCUAAUUCCAGAAUGUAACCAAAUAAGGGAAAGAUUUUCAAUGAUAUUAUCCAUUAUUACCAGUGAAGCUGAAGAAAUGUGGUUUCUAGGUUGCUGUGAUAUCUUUGGUAUGAUAUCGGCUUUCAGAUGUGUUGGAAUUUAAACAAAGGUGCAAGGUUUCAUUAUUUAAACUUGUUAUUACUAUUUGUGACGAAUUGUUGAUACGUUGUACUUCAGCAAUUUCUGCCAAAACAGAUUUGGAGAGAAGCAUGCAGAAUCACAAGACCAAUGUCUUAAGGUACUACUGAUUCUUGAAGACAAGUUGUAGAUUCUUGCAAGUUUUAAGCAAAAGGAAAGAUUUAAAUGCAAGAUGAUUUCCUAUCAUGAUUUUUUUUCCAUGAGAAAUUUCGUGCAAAUGUUUUUUCUCCCAUAUGGCUUGCUCACAGUUAUCAACCCUUUCCCAGCUGAGUUGUGCUGUAAACAAUACAGAUUUGGUGCUUCAGUAACUUCUUAGCAGCAGAAAGGUUAAACAAUUGAUUGCUUGACGGUACAUUCAACCUAUUAGAACAAGAAAAUCUUUAGUACCACUGGUAUUAUAUUGAUGAGAAAAUUAAUGAAAGGAACACUUCUUUGUGUCAGACUACUUUUUGGAACAUUAAGAAAUAAACUCUAUUCUAAUGACGCAAAACCUACAAACAACUUCAGACUAUUUUUAGAGGAAAGAUAUGUAAUUUGUUUGUAUAUAAUGUUUCUCUACCAAUAGAUAGCCUGUAUUUUGAUCACAUGACUACACAAGCCAAUGGAAUGGGUCCGCUCGCGGAUCACAUGACUUUGAACCAAUGACGACGCGAGGUACUUCCUUGUCCGUGACCUUCACUGUUACCUCAGAAGACGAGUUGUGCAGAAGUUUUAGGUUCUCCGUACAGACGUCUUAUUUUCUGGGCGAUUCCUGGAAGGUUUUGUGGUGUUUCUGUGUGUAUUUUAUGACAGGAAUGGUAGUAAGGGUGCCAUAAUAACAAUGUGUGUACUAGCCGUGGUGUAAGUGUUCGUGGAAACUGUAGGAUAACAAAAGUAGCCAGGUUUGACUGUUAGCAGUAGUUUUGUAACCGUUGUUCGUUCCUCCAACAACUUCAGUUUUGUGUUGCAGGGUUCUUGUACCGUAUUUUCCUUACAGCAGUGGUUCAUAUGACGAUUAUGAAUAAGUCAUCAGAAAAAGAAAAAAAAACUGUCAUGGAUAUGACAAAAUGUUUUGCGUUAAUUCCAGGCCAUCUUUGCCUACGCAUUACGCAUGCUUGUGAAGUAUUCGGUAUUUGGUUACAGAUUACUUUUCGCUGUUUUAUAGAAGCAUUGGUUUUGAAAGAAACAUUGUUCAUGGUUGUUGAAAGUUUGUAAGGAUACUACUGUGAAUUUCUGGGCUUACCUUGAUUAUGGGUAUGUUUAAUCUUUUUAAUGCUGUUAGAAUGCACAGGAUUUUGAAUAUGAAAUAUGUGAUGCGUAACAAACCUGUAGUAGUAAAAAAGGGUACACUUUGUUUACAGUAAUGUUUAAAACUUGUUACUUUUGGUGAACAUAUGGAAAAUCUAACUGAGCUGUUGUGCAAAUUUCUUUCCAGACUGGUACAAGAGACUAUGUGAUGAUUGUCCCCAUAUUGUUCACUGGAUUGUCAAUGAAUUGUUUUUCGUUACAGAUAAUAUACUUCUGGAUGUAUUAAUUUAAGAAGUGGAUGAAUAUUUCGUUGCCUCUCAAGCCCGUUUGGUUUUGCAUGUUGUUGGUGAGAAUGUACAAUAAAAAAACUUACAUUAAA